AUGAAGUGGUUUGGGGUCCUAGGGCUGGUGGCCCUCUCAGAGUGCUUAGUCACAAUCCCUCUUGUGAAGAUCAAGUCUCUUCGAGAAAACCUCAGGGAGAAAGAUAUGUUGAAAGAAUAUCUGGAGAAGUAUCCCUUCCGUCUGACCCACAAGCUUCUCCACAAACAUGCGGACUCAGGAGUAGCUUUUGAACCCAUGAGGAACUACCUGGACAUAGCCUACAUGGGCAUCAUCAGCGUUGGAACCCCCCCUCAGGAAUUCCAGGUCAUCUUCGACACGGGCUCGGCUGACCUGUGGGUGCCCUCCAUCUACUGCUCCAGCCCGGCCUGUUCUAACCACAAUACCUUCAACCCUCUGCGGUCCUCCACGUUCGUGGCCUCGGGCCAGCCCAUCAAACUCAUCUACGGCACUGGGAAGAUGUCAGGAUUUGUCGGCUAUGACACCAUUAAGAUUUCAAGCCUUGUCGACAGGAACCAAGCAUUUGGCCUUAGUGUGGAGGAACCUGACAAGAUCUUGGAACUCGCGACCUUCGACGGCAUCCUGGGCCUCAGCUACCCUAGCCUGAGUGUCAAAGGGGUCACCCCUGUCUUCGACAACCUGUGGAACCAAGGCCUCCUUUCUCAGAAGCUCUUCGCUUUCUACUUGAGCAGCAAGGGAAAGAAGGGCAGUGUGGUGAUGUUUGGUGGCGUGGACCCCUCCUACUACACCGGAGAGCUGCACUGGGUGCCCGUGUCCAAACCCCUCUACUGGCAAAUAUCGAUGGACAGCAUCUCCAUAAAUGGGAAGGUUAUUGCUUGUGAUGGUGGCUGCCAGGCCAUUGUGGAUACCGGGACCUCAUUGCUGCUUGGCCCACAAGACGCUGUCCUCAACAUCCAGGAGAUCAUCCAGGCCAGGCGCUCCACCAGUGGCGAGUACUUCAUCGACUGUGACGCCGUCAACACCCUGCCCGACAUCCUCUUCACCAUCGAUGGCAUCGGCUACCCAGUGCCGGCCAAUGCCUACAUCCAGAAGGAUGCUGCUUUGGGCAUCUGCUUCAGCAGCUUUGAAGGCAACGAGGACAUCUUGAACAACUUGGAGGAGUGGAUCCUGGGCGAUGUCUUCCUGAGGCUGUAUUUCACCGUUUUCGAUCGGGAAAACGAUAGGAUUGGACUGGCUACCGCGGUAUAA